GAUACGUCAUCUCUUUGCGCCUUUUCCCUGAUGUGUUCUGUAAGGGGACACAAGUGAGGCGACAUGUGUAUAUUUUGUUUAUGGUUCUGUUUGAUAUUAAUUGUGUAAAUUCACCCGGCAUCCAGUGGAGACAUGUCUUUAGUCGUUUCACGCUGCAUCUGCGGGCUUUUAUGCCGGCAGGCCGUCCCGCCUCGCUUGCUAUUGGGAGAAUAUUUUCCCGGUAUGCAGAGUCCCUGGUUUUCACCUGUGGUCACACUAAAGACAUCUGCACCACUCAGAGCGGAGCCAAAAAAGAAGAAGAAAGUGGACCCGCGGAGGGAGCAGAUGAUGAGGGAGAGACUGAAGAAAAAGCUGAAGAAGCUGGAAAGGGUUCCUCCUGAACUCAUCCCCAUAGAGGACUUCAUCACGCCGACCAAAUGUUUGGAUGAAACAAGGAAGCGCAUUCCUCCAAGGCUGUCCUUUGAAGAAAGUGAGAGUCGAGCGCUUCUUCUGAAAGAGUGGAGUCAAUACAAACAGAAACAGCACAUGGCUGAAGUGGAGGCCAUCGAGGUUGCUCUGGAGGCACAGAGAGAGGCGCUGGAGGAGCUUAAAUUGGAGUCUAAGGAGCUGUACCAGGCAGCGCUGAAGCCAGAUCCACUUCUGUUUCCUGUCACUCAUGAAGGCCCUGCCUACACGCCUCCGAUCCCAAACUAUGAAGCUCCAGAUGGGAAGUACAAUGAUGUUACUAAGGUGUACACACAGUGAAAGUCUGCGGGGGCUGCCUCUGUCUUGUACUGUUUGACAGAAUUCACUGGGCGUCUUUUAUCAGUCUGUAAAGGAUGUACGGAUAGAAACUUUGCAAGUUGUUUUCUUGCUGAUUUAACUAUAUGGCACUCAUAUUCCUGAUAGUUACUGUCACAACUUUCAUAAUUACUCAUGAGUUGCUUUUUUUAUUCAUACCAGUGUUGAAAAUAAAAACUUCUAAGAUCCAA